AUGACAAGUAAACCAGGCAAACCAACAGGCAAAAUUGAAUUGAGUCACAAGUUUCUCAAUACUCUCAAGAAAAGGUCGCAGCUUAGCGAAUCAGAAAUUCAAGAAACAUUCAAAGAAUUUCGGGAGGCAUCAACCAGUGGUCAACUUACAGAGGAAGAAUUCAUCAAACUAUGGAACGAAGCAACACCCCAAACCGAUGAUUCUGAUAGUGUGGAAGUAGGCAAGCGAGUCUUUGCUUUUUUCGAUCGAGAUCAUUCCGGAAAAGUCGACUUUAAUGAAUUUAUACUGGCUUCUUGCUUGAUGACACCUGGUGCACCGAGACAAAAACUUUCACUCAUAGCUCGACUUGAAGAUUCAGAAAAUAUAUUUGGUUUGUCUGUCGAAUAG